GACAAGAUAGCAAGUUGAAUCGAAAUCGCCUUUUUGACAGCUAACAAAAAAAAUACUGUGUAACUUUAAACUUGAAUGAAUGCGUUGGUAUUUCGUAUAGUUGCAUCUACAUUGAGGCAUAUCGUUAAGGAGGUUCAUUCUAUCACGUCAAUCCUCUGGAAGGUUUCUGCGGAGAGUAUGCUCUGGUGCUUGUAAUGCUGCCUUAGCUGAAACGUUUCAGCUGCAGUGAAGAAAAGAAAAUACCUUUCCGUUUUAUCGAAACUCCCCGGUGUAUCGGCGCCUGGCUAGCGGGAGUCGAAGCAUGCAUGUGAGGUCAGAGAUCAAAUUGGACGUGGAGCUGUGAUGCGUGCGGCGAGCUGCAGGAUGAACGUGGCGACGAUACUGAACGGCCUGCUGGUGUCGGUGGUGGCAGCACUGCUCUGGAAGUACGUGAGGCUAAGCGAGCACGCUGCAGUACUGGAGGAGGAGCUGCAGCUGACCCGCCAGUCCCAGGAGUUGACCCAGGCCCGGAUAGACUACCACGCUGCUCUGCUGGCACUCCAGGAGUAUGGCACCCGUAUGGUCUGCACCGGCAAGAUGCACACUGAUCGCAUCUGCCGCUUUGACUACCUGUGCUACUGCACCGAGGCCGAAGAGUUUGUCUUCUUCCACAGCAACUCCUCCUUCAUGUUGCCCAACCUGGGGCCCCGGCGAUUCCAGCCAGCCCUGCUGGACCUGUCCUCUGUAGAGGAUCACAACACCCAGUACUUCAACUUCCUGGAGCUGCCCGCAGCUGCCCUCAAGUUCAUGCCCAAGCCUGUGUUCAUCCCUGACGUCACCCUCAUCCUCAACCGGUUCAAUCCGGAUAAUCUGAUGCACGUGUUCCACGAUGACCUGCUUCCCAUCUUCUACACCAUGCGGCAGUACUCGGACCUGGACGAUGAGGCCCGUCUGGUCUUCAUGGAGGGCUGGGGUGAGGGCGCACACUUUGACCUCUACCGCCUGCUGAGCAGCAAGCAGCCACUUCUCAAAGAACAGCUGAGGAACUUUGGCAAACUUAUGUGCUUCACAAAGUCCUACGUGGGCUUGUCCAAGAUGACCACAUGGUACCAGUACGGCUUUGUCCAGCCACAGGGCCCCAAAGCCAACAUCCUGGUCUCUGGGAACGAGAUCCGGCAGUUUGCCUCAUCGCUGAUGGAGAAGCUCAAUAUCACCACGCGAGGAGGAGAGGAGAGCGCAGCGGAGGAAAAGGACGAAUACAUCGUAGUGUUCAGUCGCUCCAUCAACAGACUCAUCCUGAAUGAAGCGGAGCUGAUCCUGGCGCUAGCGCAGGAGUUCCAGAUGAGAGCGGUGACGGUGUCUCUGGAGGAGCAGACCUUCCCCAGUAUCAUCAAGGUCAUCAGCGGGGCCUCCAUAUUGGUCAGCAUGCACGGGGCCCAGCUGGUCUCCUCUCUCUUCCUCUCCCGGGGGGCCGUCGUAGUGGAGCUCUUCCCCUAUGCGGUCAACCCAGAGCAGUACACCCCUUACAAAACCCUGGCGUCUCUACCAGGCAUGGACCUGCAUUAUGUGGCCUGGAGGAACAUGGUGGAGGAGAACUCUGUGGCCUACCCAGAGAGGCCCUGGGAGCAGGGAGGUAUAGCCCACCUGGAUAAGGAAGACCAGGAGCACAUCCUGGCCAGUAAGGAAGUGCCCAGACACCUGUGUUGCCGCAACCCGGAGUGGCUCUAUCGCAUCUACCAGGACACCAUAGUGGACAUCCCUUCUUUACUAGAGGCUCUCAGAGCGACAGUGAAAAUCAGGCCCAACCUGAAGAAGGCCAAGCCUGCCAGCACGGUCCACCCAGGCCAGGUCAGAGAGCCCCAGUGCCAGACGUCGGUCCAGGCCACCAACGAGGCCAUGCUGACUGUGUCGUGGCAAAUCCCCUGGAACCUGAAGUACCUGAAAGUCAGGGAGGUGAAGUACGAAGUGUGGAUCCAGGAGCAAGGAGAGAACACGUACAUGCCUUAUAUUCUCCCCCACCAGAACUAUACCUUCUCUGAAAACAUCAAACCCUUUACGACGUACCUGGUGUGGGUGCGCUGCAUCUUUAACAAAAACCUCCUGGGGCCCUUUGCAAAUGUACUCACGUGCAGGACAUAAUUUGAGUUGAUAUUUACAGUUUCAAGAAUGUGACUGCUUGUUCCAGAUGAUCAGAUAUUGGGGCUUUGGAUUAUUGAAGGUGAUGCUAGAAAGUUCUGUAUAAUUUCAGCCAGUAGUUUUGAAAGUAGCGCUCACGAGACUAAAUGGGUCCCGGAAAAUGUUGCACAAUUGUAUACAACGUCAUUCAUUUUGUAUGACAUGUUACGUCCUGCACGAUAAAUGUAUGUUUCCUGGAAUUCGUAUGAUAUGUUAUGAAUUUGCAAGUGCUUUAAGAUCCCGUUCAAUCUCUUUUUAAAAAGAACUUCUGUGAUUGAGGAUUGUCUCCGAUUUGAGGAUAGUUGAUAUGAUGUCAUCUGUAUCUAGGAUGAGCGACUGUGCUGUUUGAUGAGACAACCAUGUCCUCACACAGAGGAGAGUGAAAUGCAGUAGAAAUUCAAUGGAAUUUAGCAUGGGACCAGGGAAUACAUGAGUCACGAUUUAAGGAUGCAUUGUCUGUACCUGCAGAAAGUGCUAUACAACAUGUAUUUUUGAGAUAUAGGAAUUUCUUUAAUAUACUUAUUUAUGAGCAAAAAUGUAUAGUAUAAAUUCAUGUAUGUUUUUUUAUUAGUCUUAAACACUGAACCUAUCUAUCUAUACCUGUACUUAUUUGAGUGUGUAAUGUAGGUUUUCAGCAAAGCCCAGGUGGGACUUUAGGAUGACUUGGUCUUGGUUUCAUACUUGAUUGGUUUGUGAUUUGUUAUACAGUUAUCUGAUAAAUCACACCUUUGUGGCUUAGCCUACCCUCCUGCACAAAGUUGUAGCUUUGUCACGUUGUCUUUCUAAUUGGCAAUUUACAUAAUUGCAGAAUGUUGCCAAAACCUUAAAGGGAUACUGUGAGAUUCUGGCAAUUGUCUACUUACCCAGAGUCAAAUGAACUCGUGGGUACCAUAUUUAUGCCUCUGCGUGCAGUAUGAAGGAAGUUAGGAUUGGCUCGCGAAAUUACUUCUAUCUAGCAUUAGCACAAUGACUGGAAGUCUAUGGGCAUCUGCUAGCUGGGUAUCUGCUUCAGGCCUGCGAAAUUCCAGUCCUCGGGGACCUGAUUGGUGUCACACUUUUCCCCGAUCCCUAGCAAACACCUGAUUUAAACUAAUUGCGUUUUUAACUGAAGCUCAUGAUUAGUUAACUAUUGGUGUCAGGUGUGUUAGCUGGGGCAAAAGUGUGACACCAAUCAGGCCCCCAAGGACUGGAGUUGCCCAGACCUGCUUGCUGCAGGUACCCAUACACUUCCAGUCAUUGUGCUAACACUAGUAGCGCUAGCAACUUCCUUCAAACCACACGCAGAGACAGAAAAGGGGUAUCUAUGAGAUCAUCUGACCCUGAGGAAGUAGAUAAAGGGCUUCAUUGCCAAAAUCCCAAAGUAUUCCUUUAAGAGAAACCAAAGUGAAUUUGAAAAUAUGGUCACCAGUCUACAGUACCAUUAAGUGUGUGUUAUUAGUUGUGAUUUGGAUUAUCUUGUGCUUCAUUGAGGCUUUAAUAUUUGCCAUUUACCGUUUUGAACUAUUGUGACCCAUGGAUAAUAAAUUCUUCCCCUUCUAGAUUAUUUGAGAUAUUAAUUCAAGGCAGAUAAAACUUUCGAACUGUGGGUCCAGGAAAAUAUGUUGCCAGUUUUCUAAAGAUGUGGACUAAAACAUGCAUUAUUCAUUCAAAUGUAGCAGUCUUUUAAGAACAGGGUUCCUCUAAAUGAAAAUUAAGAGAAUCUAUUAUCAUGUAUUUAUGUGAAAGGUUCUGUUGCUGUGUGGUCACUAGAUAUGCGAGGGGUAGUUCUAUUUCUUUCAGAAAAACUGGAGUUUCUUCAAUCAGUUUCUUUGUCAUUGCCCUGUGUGUCAAAUGAUAAAUACAAAAAGGUUCAUAUCACUUCAGUGUCCCCAUUACAGCAAUUCUGAGUUCAA